AUGGAUAGCUUAUGGCAUCCGCCUAAUCCCGGAGUUCUGAAGAUGAAUGUUGAUGGGGCUUUCAAGCCAAGUAGUGAUAAAGGAUCAGUCGCCUUCAUUUGUCGAGAUCAUAAAGGAUAUAUCGUUGAAGGAAUUACAAAGACCAUACCUGCGUCUUCUGCUUUGCAGGUGGAGGCUCAAGCACUGUGUUUCGCCCUCAACCAUUUGAUCAACUCAAACCGGACCUCCAACCCCAUUAUCAUCGAAUCAGACUACCUUGUUUUGGUGGAAGCGGUGAAAGAUCCCCAUCUGUCGCCAUGGGAGGUUCGCCCCUUCCUCGCCGAAGCUACUGUCCUUCUCCCUCGUCUCGUCAAGUCGCGGAUUAGGUUUUGCCGUAGAACAGCCAAUGCUGCCCCAGAUUGGGCUGCUAAGGCCCAUGACAAUGGUCUUUUGAAGUCUUCUUGGGCUUCCUUUCCCCGUCUCCUUUGCACGAUAUUUUAG